AUGGACGAUGGAAGAAGACCGAUGCGUCCAUCCGAGGCUCUUCGUGUGGAGCCCACCGCGACUUCAUCGCAUUUCAGAGACACUUAUCGCAUGAUCCCACCGCCUCUUGGGGAGUUGUUCAGCCGGGGAUCGCAGAGUCUGUUCAGAGCGACCCAGAGACUGGCCUUCUUCCGGUCGGUUGAGGUCCUGCUGCCCGAGCACUGGGAGGCGAGGGAGUGUGGCCUCACCAACGGGCACAUUCGAAUGACGUCAUGGCGUCGGAGCCAGGCCAAGGGCUUCCGGGUGGGGACGCUUCACCCGUCCCCGUUCACCUUGCAGCCUCACUCGUGUGGCCUCCCCGGCGAAUACGUAUACCUCCCGCUGGAGUUUAUCCGAGGCGCCAAUGCAUCCCUUCACGCCGACCGAGUUCUGGUGAGAGAAUGGUCCAAGUUCCGAUACGGUGCAUUUGAUGAAACUGGGUUCCCCAACGAUCCAUUGACAUCGACUUCGUACCAAUCCUAUUCCGAGUCGGGACUCGCGGAACCCGAACCCAGCAUCUGCACGGACAAGCAACUCACCGUUACCAAGGCUUGCACCGAAGGGGAAUGCCGGUUUCGGGUCCGGGACGAGGGGAACGAGGAAGUCACGGCUUCCUUGAUGGCCCUCCCACACCUUCCCAAUGUUGAACAUUAUUGUGACGACUCGAACCACAAGGAAGAAGCUCCCACGAGGCACAACAUCCUCUGCGAUGGACGAAGCACGUGGGAUGUGGUCAGCAAGAAUGCCGACUUUCUCGGAAUCUCCCCUUCUGUGGCCAACGUGACUUCAACGGUCCCGACCUUCACUUUCACAAAGGCUUCACCACGGAAAGUCGUGUUCGUCCUUCAGGCCUCCAAGUCCAUCGGCGCAAUCAAUGGUCGCUGGGAAUCGGUGCGGAGUGGGAUCUACCGGUGGCUAGAGUUAGUGUCCUCUUCGCCGUCCCUAAUGGUCGGCUUCGUCGAGUUCGCCGGUUCGCGGACGGUCAAGAUGGAGCCGGUAAAGUCGGUGGGUCACCUGAAGCUCUCCUCCAAAAGCCUCAUCUCUCGAUAUCCCUCAGACGAAGAGGACGGCCAAGAUCAUCCAGCUUGCAUUCAUUGCGCUCUCCGACAUGCUUUCGAGCUGUUGAGCAGUGGGAGCGGAGGGGGGCCUGUGGGAGGGGAGAUCCUCCUGAUCGCCGAGGAGCAGCCGAUGAACCCCAGAAUCAACGAUCAGGAUCAGCUGCUCCAGCUGGUGUCUAUGGAGGCCAUCGACCGGGGUGUCGCCAUCCACACCCUCUCCUUCCCCGGAACGGCGAUGUCCGGAUCCGGGUCCGGGAUGACCCUGGAGAAGUUGUCGGAGGAGACGGGUGGCGUUCACCGAGGCCUAGAAGAGCACGGGUCAGCAGGGACCAUCUCGGGCAGAGUCCCUGUUGCCAACAUGGUUGAGGUCCUCGACGCCAUUGAAACAGUCUUCCCAACUCUUGACUCCUUCAAGCUGUAUCGAGAAACGGGGUCUGGAACGGGGGCAUCCCGGAUCGCUGGGGAGUUCCUCACCGAGGCGGGAUUGAGGGAACUCCAGAUGCUCGUAUACUAUCCUUCCGAGGAUCUGGCGCCCAAGAGGGUCUUGCUGCAGGAUCCACACGGAUCCACACACGAUGUCAUCGGGAGCCCGCUGGCCUCCCCCAACUACAACGCCGACAUCCUCCGCAUUCGGCAGUGGGACCCCAUCCAGGUCGGACAGUGGAGGUACGAGAUCGAGACGGUGUCGGCAGAACCAGUGGUGAUCGAGGUGCGGGGUUUCCCGUCGUCCCGGCGCGACGCGAUCCGUGUGCGGACGUGGACGUCGUGGGACGGGUCCAGAAAUCCGGAUCCCAGGUCCCAACCCCUCAUCCUGUUUGCCGAAGUGACCCGAGGGGGGAAGGUCCUCAGGGACGCCGUCAUCACGGCUCACAUUCAACGCAAGAGCCUCACCUUCACCGACGAACUCAGCCUCACCCUUCUCGAUGACGGCAUGGGAGACCCAGAUAUGAUACGUGGAGACGGCGUUUACUCGGCAUACUUCACGCACUUCGCCGGAUCGCAGGCCAAGUAUAGCAUGAGUUACACGGCAUCGGACGGGGGCGGAAAGGCUAGAUACCUCCAGGGACAGGGCCAGAGGCCCUCGGAGGAAGUCCCCACGGGUCCCUUUCAUAGGAUCCUUCCCGGCCCCAUCAUUUUUGUCAGAGACCCUCCACUGGAUGACAUCUACCCUCCGAAUCGGAUCCUCGACUUGCGUGUACAACCAGAUCCCGAUGAGCCCUCGACCUUGGUCCUCACCUGGACCUCACCUGGUGCCAACUACAAUCAUGGACGAGCCGAUCGUUAUGAGCUGCGCUAUGCCGCAGACCGGUCGAGCCUCAGAUCGGAGACGUUCCCGUCGGCAAAGCCUGUAAGCACGUCCACCCCACUACCGAGAGGCUCUCGAGAGGAGUUGCGGGUGGGGGUCGGGGAAUCCGGCCUGGACUACGAUCGCGUCUUUUACUUUGCCAUCCGUGCAUUCCACGGUCGCUGGAGUCGGGUUUCCAACGUGGUGAAGGCAAGGUUGCCCCCACCUCCGGCACCGCCCACCACGGUCCCGGCCUCUGUACUCCGCGGCGAGGUCUCAUCCGGAGGUCAGGGUGGGUGGGCGGUGGCACGGGACGAGACCGCCGUGGGAGGAGCCGGAAAACACGCCAAGCUGAUCGUCAUCAUCGGCGGGUGCGUGAGCUUCGUCAUCGUCCUCACCGUCCUCGUCCUCUGCGUCACCAUCUGCGUCCGACGUCGCCAAGAGAAGAAGCAGGAUCCCAAGAGUCCACCGGAACCGAAGAGCAAGAGCCCCGAUGUCAUCAGUCCCGUUUCGUCGGAGAAAGAAUGGGGCGUGAACGUGACCAAGAACGGGAGCCCCGAAUUCGUGGCAGCCUCGGACAUCCUCGGUCAUCAUGCCGGAGCCGACCUCACGCUGACCCCUUAUCACAUGACCAAGGACGAGAGCACGAGCACUCCCCUCUUGCCCGAUCACCUCUCCUUCACCUAUCAGAGCUACGACAUCGUGGGGAACCCGCCACCUUAUUCCCAUCCGGAUGGGAGUUCCUACCAUUCGGUGUCUUCCGUGGAUCAGCUGAGGUCCAAGUACGUGCACUUUUCUCCGAACACCCUCGGGGCACCGCCGGUGCCCCCCAAACCCAGCCUCUACGGCUGCAGAUCCUCCGCGGACUAUUGUGGCCUGAACGAGUCGCAAUCGUCGGUCGGCAGCUCGGACCAAGGAGGCAAAAAAGUCAGAACCGUCACCCAAGUAUGA